AUGGCUCCCAGGAUAGAAGACGCCGGGGUGCUGGACCAGAAACGACAAGACGGCAGCCAUUCCCGAACUGCGACCCCAAACAUCGCCGGCCACGGCGCGGCAUCGGAUCCCGCAAAGCGGCCGUCUCCGCACACCGAGGCCACCGGGGAGCCGGGAAGAAUCCCGACCGUCGACGCGCCAUUCGACUUUCCAACAACGACGGCGCCCCCUCCGCCCUACGAGGCCCUCGCCGACGCCGACGCCGACGCAGGGCCAAGCUCAUCCAGCGGCGCCCAGGCGAGGCCCAUUGCCAUACCACAAGUCGCUCCCGACCAGGCGGCCCCUUUCCUCCGCGCCUAUCCCCCCCGCCUCCUGGCCUACGGCAUCAUCGAGCAAACGUGGCGGUCGUUCCUGGACACCGUGUCCGCCUUUCUCACGGCCAAGGUAUCCGACCAGGCCGUAGCCCACGCGGCAGACGUGGCAAGGAGUCUCGGCGAACCGCCCAAAAACUACGGCAGGGCGCUCGCCAACCACACCAAAAGUGUCGGCAAGCAGCUCGCCAAAGACGCCAGGCGCUUCAACGUGUCGGGCGUGGCGGCCGGCGUCGUUGGGGGCGCAAUCUCCAUCCCCAUGCACGCUGCGUUGGGUGCUGUCCAUACGAUAUUCCAGAUUCCUGGCUCUGCCGUGUCUGCUAUUUCCAGGACGCCCAGGACGCCGCUGCAACGAGCGGCCACUUAUGCGGCUGUUGCGAAUCAGGACUGGCUGGAUGGCCGAGGUCUUCAUGCCGUGCUUCUAGACACGAAGCAGCUGGCUGCCAUGGUUCACGUCCCGGGGGACAAGUUUUUGGAAAUGGCGGCUGUGGGGGGCAAGAGCGGCACGGCGGCGGCGACAAUGAGCGCCUUGGAUGGGCAUGUUGAGAAGCUGAACAUGUUGGGGGAUGAGGCUGUGGUAUUGAGCGACACGUCGUUGUGGUUGGUGCUGGUGCCGGUUGUGAAGGAGGAGGAGGAGGAUACGAGGUAA